UGGAAAUGAAUCGUGAAAUUAUAAGGCCUUCCAACUGGGUUUUUCUCAUAACUAUUAUGGAAACUUCAACAUGGCAGUUUUUCUGCAUAAAUGCAAGCUCAAAUUUGCACAUAAAAGCAAGUCCUCAUGCAAUUCUAUUCUGUACUUGGUUGUCGAGAUGUUUUCAAUUUUAACAUUUUGCAAAUACCUUCAGCUCGUGGGACUAUCUGUUUAUCAUCACAUGAGAAGUUCCCUAAUAAGCAAUUUUGAGGAGAUUUUUUCUCCUCAUCGAUUUUAAUUUGAACUCUUUCCCAAGGUCAGAACUCUCGUUUUAAAACUUGACAUCGUUCUAGAAUAAAACAAGUCCAUCUGCUCUGUCUAAGAGCAACUUGUUCACUAAUAACUGGGCAUUUUUGUGAAGCAUUACUUGGUAAAGAAUGAUAGCAUUGAUUCGUCAAAGUAUAACAGCUGAAAAUUACUGGAAGCUGUUGCCAGCCGCUUUCCGUGCGUGCGAACGGGUACAUGACGGUCAUGACGUGGCUCGCUCAUUUCACAUACUGAGGAAGGGCUAAGCCCGAAACAUUUAGCAAAGGCUAUCAUUUGACACUUUCAAGAGCCUUUUCAGCCUCAUAUUUACUGAGUUUAUCGUCAUAGCGUAACACGUCAUAUGCGCUUUUUUUGUUCAUUUCUCCUUAUGGUAAAUGAGCUUCCCUAGCCUCGUUCCGAAGAAGAAGGCAGCCGGCAUCGUAGACGAAUAUCGAAACGGCGAAGUCUGGGCACGGGCGAGUCGAGUAUCCCGAUCGUGCUCGUGCAUCAUAACGUGCAUCAAUCUCUCUUAGUUUCGCCGAUGUGAGCUAACCCACAUUCACAGGGAAUUCUGCAAACUAGGCCAUCUUACUUAGUCAUGUUAACGGUGCUCUUCGUUCGCACCAAGACUGAGAAGUGUGGUAUCGUACUUGAAAACAGUGUGAAUACCUUGCUGCUGUCGGCGACAGUUAAAUUCAUGAAUAAGUAAAUAUUUAAAAAAAUGGGAAGAAACAAAGGCGUCGAAUUCCUGCGCAUGUGCUGGCGAUUUGACGUCACCACACCCACUGGCCGUCGUAUACAGUCACUGAAGAUCAUCGGAGUAGCGAUGAUAGCUGUGCUUGGGCUUCUUAUCUUCGUUCUGGAGGAUGUACUUCAGGCGAAACAAAACAUCAAAACAGCAAACAACGUGGAGAAAAACCUUGAAUUAAAUAUUCACGCGGCAAAUUUAAUUCAUCACUUGCAAAUCGAGCGAGGCGUUACGGUGCUGUGUUUGGGUUCCAAAGGAAAGGAAGACCAAGAAAGUGUUUAUGAAAAAUUAAAAAAUGCUCGUCUUAAAACAAACGAAGUUCUAAAGCUGGAUCAAAAGGAAUGGCCAUUUGAAGAAACAGAAACAGAACACGAAUUUCUUCGAAGUCCAAAACAUUUCCUGAAUCAUUUGGAAACGCACAGAUCAAAGGUUGGAGAACGAUGUGAAAACGCCAGUAAGGAAGAGGAGCAAAUUGAGUUUUAUACCCAUCCUAUUGAUUUGAUUCUGGAUUGGCUCUUUGAUUCGAUUAAAAGCCAAUCAGAACACAUUUAUGUAGACUUAGUUGGGUACUACAUGUUCCUCGCUGGUAAAGAUAAAAUUGGAAUAGAGCGAGCGCUGGGAGGGUCUUUCUUCGCAAAAGGACAUUUUAACAGUACGAACCACCUAGUGUGGUUCGGUAAUCAGAGCGCUCUGGGAAAAGAGUUCUUAGAGUCAAGUGGGAAACUAAUGCCUGUUAUCAAGGAAAGUUUAAAGGAAGAACUUAACACAACGGUGCAGCAAACGAUCGAGAAAAAGCGAGAAGUAAUUUUCACAAACAAACCUGGCGAGCCAUCGGUAACAAACGGAGAGAAAUGGUUUGACAUCAUGACUAUAUACCUAAACAGCCUAAAAUGUGUACAAGAAAAUGCAGGAAAAUUCCUUCGAGUUCAGCUGGAAAACCAAAAGGAUAUGAACAAAUCAGAUUUAGCCAAAAGGCUGGCAUUUCUUAUGUUCACUCUCCUUUUGGUGCCCUUCCUUGUUAUUUCCGUGUAUCGCAUGACGGGUUCCAUACAAAAGUACGCCUUCAAGCUUGGUCAGACGACUUUAGAAUUGCAAGAAGAGAAAAGGCGAGCCGAUACCCUGCUUUACCAAAUGUUCCCUCAUUCAGUUGCCGAGAUGCUGAAGAGAAAGCAGCAGGUUCCAGCCGAGCAUUUCAGAAGUGUCACGAUUUUUUUCAGCGACAUCGUAAACUUCACAGAGAUGUGUAGUGUGAUGACGCCUCUACAGGUGACAGCAAUGUUGGACGCGGUGUAUGGCGAGUUUGAUGAACGAAUCAAUCGAUAUGACGUAUACAAAGUAGAGACAAUUGGUGAUGCAUACAUGGUAGCAUCCGGGCUUCCCGAGAGAAAUGGUAUUCGGCACGCUGAUCAGAUAGCUCGCAUGGCGCUUGACUUGCUCACAGCGGUUGAUGGAAUGAAACUGCCCCAGUUCCACACAGGACGGUUGUCAGUCCGAAUUGGUAUAAAUACCGGUUAGUGAUGCUGGAAUAGGUUAUAUAAAUCAUUUGUGUUUUACUUUUUGCCAGCUGCGAAGCUUUAAAGAGGGUCUGGAUGGGGUUAACUGACAACUGACAAAUAGACAAAAUUUUAACGUACUGAUAACUGACAUUUGCACUCCCUCCCAUCCAGACCCUCUUUACACAAAUAAAUUCUUGUCCAUUUGUCUUGCUCUGCCGUUUAGGGCCACAAUUACUUCGGCUUUCUCGAUAACUCAAUCUUCUGUAAUGAUCUUCCAGUAUUGAAACUACAAUUUGAUGUUAAAGUAUUCAGUCUGAAUGUAAGUGGUCCAAUUAUUUUACAACAAUAACUUUUCUCACAGUAAGUUUCAUACAGACAAUCCUGUUACUAAAUGUUUUAAUAUUUC